CUCUCCCUCAGUCUUCCACCCCCUCCGUCUCCCUCAUCCUUAUUCUCUGUGAAGGGACGUGCGAUCUCCUGGCAUCUCCGGGAGUCUCAGUAGCCGGACGAUGUGCAUGGCUUGCUGCUGGCUGUCCCUUCCUACUGGCUCUGCUGUGAGUGCUCCCGGCCCGCUGCCCUCAGGCUGCCAUUGAAGAGAGGACAGAGCAGAAGAACCAAAACCCCUUGUUUCUGAUCUCAGGGGACAGGUGUUUCACUCUAAGUGGUCAGUCAAGUCCAUCUGACGGUGAGAGGUGGAGGACAACUUUCCCCUUUAACUCUCCAUAACAGCACAAUGAACGUAUCAGGCAGUGGGAUGAGCCCUGUCAUUAGCAUGACCCGAGCAGGAGGAGAUCCAGGGCUCAGUGUAAAUGUUGGACCUACUGAUGUACAGAUACAGGGAAGUGGAAACCCUCCCGUACCCAUGAACCUGUUUGCUACUUGGGAGGUGGACAGGUGCUCUCCUAGUUGUGUGCCAAGACUCUGCAGCCUGACGUUGAAGAAGCUUUUGGUGCAUAAAGAGUUGGACCGAGACUUGACUUCUGUUGUAAUUGCUGUAAAAUUGCAGGGAUCCAAGAGAGUUCUGCGUUCCAAUGAGUACAUCUUGCCGCCCUGUGGAGUUAUGGAGACGGAUCUGGAGCUCACUUUCUCUUUGCAGUAUCCACAUUUCCUGAAAAGAGAUGCCAAUAAACUGCAAAUUAUGUUACAGAGAAGGAAGAGAUAUAAGAACCGCACAAUUCUGGGAUACAAAUCCUUGGCUAUAGGAGUCAUUAAUAUGUCAGAGGUAAUGCAACACCCCACCGAAGGCAUGAAAGUCCUGGAUCUCCAUAGUAAUCGAAAGGAUCCCACCAUAAGGGUGGCUGAGAUUAGUAUAUUUUCUUUGUCCAGCCAACCGAUAGACCAGGAGGAUGUUACUGUACCACCACUCCCAAAGAUGAUGGGCCUGGAUAUGGAGAGGUACUGGGAGGAAGAAGAGGAGGAGGACAGCUAUUCCUCGGAGCCAGAGGGUAGCGAUGAAGGCCCAGGCCAGGACAUGGAUGAUGAAGAUUUUGACAUCAGAAAACCAAAGAAGUUUGGUAGGAAGGUCUUGCGUACCACAUCUCUGAACCGCCAGCCAAACUUUAAACAGAAGUUUGUAUCGUUACUGAAGAGGUUUAAAGUGAAUGAGGAUCCUCUGGACGUAGAACGGACCUCCCGAGAGCAAGAAGAGGAAGAGGAGCUUGGGCUUUUGUAUGACAGCCUGGAUGAGUGUAACAACAGUGAGAGUGGCUUCGAUAUUGAGGACAAUGAUAGUGUCUUGAGCACCCCAAAACCCACCCUCAGGAGAUACUUUGAGGGCAUUUCCAACUCUGGUUCCCAGACCGAAAUUGGCAGCAUCACUGGUCAGAAGGGUGCGGAGAAGAGCGCCAACACAAAGGAUGCAGAUGGUGUCAGAGUCAUCCUUCCUCCUCGAUCAGAAGACAGUGAUGGACGUCCGGCGGCUGAACCUGCUGAAGCUGCUCCUGCCUUGUCCCUCACCCCUGACCUCUCCUCCUGGGACAUCCCUGAGAGGGUUCCGCACCUGGGCAGUAUUGGCAGAGCAGAGUCACAGAUUAUUACUUCUCCCAGGCUGGACCCCAAGCUGAUCCGGGGCCCCAGAAGCAUCUCAAUGAAGGAUCGCUUAAAUCCACGCAUGUUUGGUGAACGAGGGAGCAGUCAGGAUGUGGAACGUUCAGGGGGAUUAGACCCUCUUGGUUACCAGAUUCCCCGGAAAUCAGUGUACGAUGAGCUGAAUGAAAUACUUGGCUCUGAGCAACAACUCCCGGAGAGUAUCAUCCUGCUGAACAGUCAGGACUGGCAAGGCCAAUACCUUGGGCAGCAGCUGUUGGGCAAGCAACUUACUGUAUCCACCUGCAACUCUGCUGAUGUGCAAGCUGCAUUCAAUGGCAUCAUCACACGCAUCCAGAGAUACUGUAACUGUAACUCGCUGAUGCCUCCUCCAAUGAAAGUCCUUGUUGCUGGAGAUCAGAGUUUUCUGAACGUGGUUCUUCGGUCAUUUGUGGAGCAACUGGCAGGAAAAACAUCUGACUGGCUGAAUUAUCUGCGUUUUCUCAUUGUGCCACUGGGACACCACCCUGUGGCAAAAUAUCUGGCAUCAGUGGACAGUAAAUACAGUUCUCUUUUCAUGGACACAGCUUGGAGAGACCUGUUUGGCCAAGUGGAACCCCCUAGCUCAGAUUGGCUGGACGUGGUAGGACGAAUUUCGCAGUAUGUGGAAGGCACUUCUGUGUCCCACCAGCUUCCCAUUUCAGAGGCAAUGCUGACCUACAGGCAGAGAAGUGCUGAGGAGGACUCGUGCCAGAAGUUUGUUCCAUUCAUUGGGGUUGUAAAAGUUGGCAUUGUAGAGCAACCACUGGCAGCUGCAGUGGAUGAAAAUGAGGCUUUGGUUUGUAGUCCGUCUCUCCUGAAUUCUUCUUCUUCACCUGUGGGGAGCACUACGAUGAGUAAGGACCCUGUAUGUUCUCCUCCUCCAUCUCCCUCUGUCACAAGUGGCCUCUCUACUUCAGGGACAGUUCAACAGGGAGUUGAGGUCAUGGGUCUUCAAGUGGACUACUGGCAGUGGCAGGGCGCGGAGAGAAAAAAAGAUGGUGAUAAAAGAGACACAGCUAUUAAAAACACAAUGAAGAGCAACUUCCGCUCACUCCAAGUGAGCCGUCUACCUACGACUGGGGAGACCACUGUCCCACAGUGUAUGGUCAUGACAAUAGUGACCCAGGAGAAAAACAAGAAGGUUAUGUUCUUGAGUAAGAAGCCAAAGGAAAAGGAAGUGGAGUCUCGCAGUCAGGUGAUUGAAGGGAUCAGCCGUUUAAUCUGUACUGCCAAGAACCAGAACACCAUGCUGAGAGUUACUAUUGACGGCGUGGAGUGGAAUGAUGUCAAGUUCUUCCAGCUUGCUGCACAGUGGCCCACUCAUGUCAAGCAGUUUCCUGUGGGAAUCUUCAGCUACUCCAAGAUAGCAUGAUGCCACCUCCAGUUCACAGAUCCAGUUCGAAGACCAAACUCUAAAGACCCAGAAGCCCCCUUUCCUGCCAUUUGUAUAGUAGAUAAUACCUGGACUCAUAAUCCUUUUAUUCUCUAACUUCCUUUGUAGCAGUUACUGUAAUUAAACAGAGUAGAUGUGCACUGCCAGUUCAUUGGACUGAUCUAAAGACCAGUAAAACACAACGUGGUGCUGUAGGAAUGAGUAAUGGACCAAUGACCAAAGACUAAAGUCAUUCCAUCUCACUCGCUUGGCUGGAUAUACAGCAGGGUUGUGACUGAGGGCUGCAGUUAGUGGUCAUGAAUCCAAUAGUUGUGUUGGUUAUUUGAUGUGUUGAUGAGCAAUGGCUCCAGUUAAUGAUAAUGAAUCAAGCUGAGAAGCAAGUGAAGGCACUGGUUAGUGAUGGAGAAUCUAGCAGUGGAAUAUAUGAGGAUUCUGGUUAGUGAUGGAGAAUCUAGCAGUGGAAUAUAUGGAGGUUCUGGUCAGUCAUGGUGAAUCCAGCAAAGAAGUGAGUAAGGACAUUGGAUAGUGAUGAUCAAUCCAACAGAGGAACAUAUGAGGGUUCUGGUGAUGAUAUAGCCAGCAUAGGAGCCAUGUUCCUGUACUGCCCUUGCACCCCAAUAUUCUGACUCCCUGGUUUUGAAUCUUGGACUGGCUGGCCCUGUGUCUGUUUUUCAGCAGAGCAACAUAUGAGGGUUCAGGUUAGUGAUGGCAAAUCCAGCAGAGGAACCAGUGAGGGUUCUGGUUAGUGAUGAUAUAGCCAGAAUAGGAGCCAUGUUCCUGUACUGUCCUUGAUACCCAAUAUUCUGACUCCCUAGUUUUGACCCGUGGACUGCCUGACCCUGUGCCUGUUUUUCAGCAGAGGAACAGGGGAGGGUUCUGCUUGGUGAUUGUGAACUUGGUGUUUGUGAUAGGAACAAGCGAGGCUUCUGGUUAUUGAUGGUGAAUCCAGCAGAAGACAAUGUGAGGGUUCUGGUUAAUGAUGGUGAAUCCAGCAGAGGAACAUGGGUGCUUCUUGCUUGCUAGGGAGUAAGAGUUGACUCCACCAAAUUGUUACUGUAAUGACGGUGCAUGAGAGUGUGAAUCCCAUGAAUCCCAAAAUGGAAGCUAAAUAAUAUGUUAGUUGUGCGUUUGUAAGGAAGAACUGUGAUAGCUGGGUGCGCAAGUAUGCUCCACCUCCAGUCAUGCAACUUAAAGGGGACCUGUCACCUUAAAAAAUAAUUUCAAAUCCUAUUUGAUGAUGUUUGUCAAGCUAAAUAAACUUUACCCACACUCUAUAAAUUAUUUAUAUCGUGUUUCCUUCAAGUUGGCAGGUGCCAUUUUGCCACAUUUUUUUUACAAAAAGGAACCUUUGACCUGUCCAUGCAGAAGCCACAAAAUUAUAGGCGGGGAGUGGGAAUUUAAGGGGGCAGUGACAAUUAGGAAGUGUAAAAUGGAAAGUGAAAGUAAGUGCCUGCCAAAGGCAUAGAGGAGGGGCAGGCAAUAUAUUAUUGGCAGCUGAGACUUUUAAACAAGUUUAUAAUAGAUAUUUAUGUUUUAAUUUAAAAAAUUAAGUUUCAUAUUAAAUUUAAAGAGGACUUUUAUUAUAUAGCUCUUUAUGUCUGGGUGACAGGUGCCCUUUAAUCAGUCUCUGGUAGCUGAACAUGAGAUUAAAGGGGCACCUUUCAGUUAAUAUGUUAUAUAAUAAUCUAUUAGUUUUUUUUAUUAAAAAUAAAACAUAAAGAAAACCUU